AUGGUAACAACCUGUCUUCCUCUUUUUGGGGGGGAUUUGAUUGACAGGUACCUGGUGACCCACCUGAUGGGGGCGGACCUCAACAACAUAGUGAAGUGUCAGAAGCUGACAGACGACCACGUGCAGUUCCUCAUAUACCAGAUCCUCAGGGGACUCAAGGUAGGUGUCUCUGUCUGUCUGGGUCUGUGUGUCUGUCUUUGUCGGUCUGUGUGUCUGUCUGUCUGUGCAUGUGUUUUCCAUAGCUGCAGCAGGUAAAGGUUCCAUAGGUAUGGAGUGUUCUUAAUUGUUGUUUUGUUUUGCAGUAUAUCCAUUCAGCAGACAUCAUCCACAGAGUAAGUAACAUCAUAUUUACAUUUCAUAUUUAAAUCAAGAUGCUUGCAUGGGGGGUGGAGGAUGGCAAUACUACUCAACACCUUCCUUAUUUUCCCCUCCGUCCCUCUCUCUCUUCUCCCUCCCUCACGCUCCCCUGCCUCCCUCCCUCCCUCAUCUCUCUACUCCCUCCCUCUCUCUCUACUCCCUCCCUCUCUCUCACUCCCUCCCUCCCUCUCUACUUCCCCUCCCUCCCUCCCUCCCUCCCUCCCCUCCCUCCCUCCCUCCCUCCCUCCCUCCCUCCCUCCCUCUCUCUUCUCCUCCCUCCCUCCCCUCCCUCUCCCUCCCUCUCUCUCUCCCUCCCUCUCUCUUCUCCCUCCUCGUCUCUUCUCCCUCCCUCUCUCUUCUCCCUUCCCUCCCUCUCUCUUUCCCUCCCUCCCUCCCUCCUCCCUCCCUCCCCUCCCUCCCUCCCUCCCUCCCUCCCUCCCCUCUCGCUCUCCCUCUCCCUCCCUCCCCUCUCUCUUCUCCCUCACUCCCUCCCUCUCUCUUCUCCCCCCUCUCUCUCUCCCUCCCUCCACUCUCUGUUUACUCUUGUUCUCCUCCCUCUCUCUUCUCUUCCCUCCCUCCCUCCUCCGCUAUCUCCCUCCCUCCUCCCUCUUCUCGCUCCCUCCCUCCUCUUCUCCCUCACUCUCCUUCUCCCUCCCUCCCUCCCUCUCUCUUCUCCCUCACUCCCUCCCUCUCUCUGCUUCCCUCCUCUCUCUCUUCCCUCCCUCCCUCCUCCUCUCUUCUCCUCCCCUCCCUCCUCCGCUCCCUCCCUCCCUCCCUCUUUCUUGCCUCCCUCCCUCUACUCUUCUCCCUCCCUCCCUCCCUCGCUCUCCAUCUCCACAGGAUCUGAAGCCCAGUAAUCUGGCAGUGAAUGAGGACUGUGAGCUCAAGGUAAGAAAAUACAAUUUGCCUACUAAACCCUCCUUAGUGCCAAUAGAUCUGCUAUCUUCAUCUGAUCACUCUGUUGUAGUGUAUUCAAGGUUUAAAAAGGCUUCUAAAGUUUGUAAUUUCCACUUUAACAUUUCUGACUUGAUUUGCCCUAACGAAAAAGGUAUCAACCCCUAGAACAAUGUCCAUUAAUUAUAAUUCACAUAAUAAUUCAAAUGUCCUGUUGCUGCAGUAUUAUAUUCAUGCUGUGAGAAGCAGGGUCAAAUUAAGAUUAUUAUUUUCAACUGCUCUGAUCAGCUCCUCUCCAGCUAGAAAGAGAUGUCACUGUAGUUGUCUUUUAAAAUAUAUUAUCAACGCCUGACAGUCGCCAACAUUCAGAUCAACAACAGAAAACAUGUAAUAACACAAUUUGCAGCACCACCAGUUAUAGUUCUUGUUAGAUAUUUAGUUUGGAACAUUAUUUUGCUGUAUCUGUUUGACUGUUUACAGUACUGUGUGUUCAUCAUCAUCAUUAUUAUUAGAGUGGCUUUAAUACCCUCCACCCACACGAGGUUAGAAAGCGUAGGAUUUAAUCUACUGUGGAGUUUGUUUAUAGCUAACUCUAUCUCCCCAUACACCCACGCAUAAACAACACACACACACCCCUAUCUCUUCAUCUAUCCAUCAGAUCCUGGACUUUGGUUUGGCGCGACACACUGAUGAUGAGAUGACGGGUUAUGUAGCGACCAGGUGGUACCGCGCCCCAGAGAUCAUGCUUAACUGGAUGCAUUACAACAUGACAGGUAAUGAUAUACUAUAACUAUCACUACAACAUGACAGGUAAUGACAUACUAUAACUAUCACUACAACAGGACAGGUAAUGAUAUACUAUAACUAUAACUACAACAUGACAGGUAAUGACAUACUAUAACUAUCACUACAACAGGACAGGUAAUGAUAUACUAUAACUAUAACUAUCACUACAACAGGACAGGUAAUGAUAUACUAUAACUAUAACUAUCACUACAACAGGACAGGUAAUGAUAUACUAUAACUAUCACUACAACAGGACAGGUAAUUAUAUACUAUAACUAUCACUACAAAAGGACAGGUAAUGAUAUACUAUAACUAUCACUACAACAUGACAGGUAAUGAUAUACUAUAACUAUCACUACAACAGGACAGGUAAUGACAUACUAUAACUAUCACUACAACAGGACAGGUAAUGAUAUACUAUAACUAUCACUACAACAGGACAGGUAAUGAUAUACUAUAACUAUAACUAUCACUACAACAGGACAGGUAAUGAUAUACUAUAACUAUAACUAUCACUACAACAGGACAGGUAAUGAUAUACUAUAACUCUCACUACAACAGGACAGGUAAUUAUAUACUAUAACUAUCACUACAAAAGGACAGGUAAUGAUAUACUAUAACUAUCACUACAACAGGACAGGUAAUGAUAUACUAUAACUAUCACUACAACAGGACCGGUAAUGAUAUACUAUAACUAUCACUACAACAGGACAGGUACAUGAUAUACUAUAACUAUAACUAUCACUACAACAUGACAGGUAAUGACAUACUAUAACUAUCACUACAACAGGACAGGUAAUGAUAUACUAUAACUAUCACUACAACAGGACCGGUAAUGAUAUACUAUAACUAUCACUACAACAGGACAGGUAAUGAUAUACUAUAACUAUAACUAUCACUACAACAGGACAGGUAAUGAUAUACUAUAACUAUAACUAUCACUACAACAGGACAGGUAAUGAUAUACUAUAACUAUCACUACAACAGGACAGGUAAUUAUAUACUAUAACUAUCACUACAAAAGGACAGGUAAUGAUAUACUAUAACUAUCACUACAACAGGACAGGUAAUGAUAUACUAUAACUAUCACUACAACAGGACAGGUAAUGAUAUACUAUAACUAUCACUACAACAGGACAGGUAAUGAUAUACUAUAACUAUCACUACAACACGACAGGUACAUGAUAUACUAAACUCAGCGAUAAAAAGAAACGUCCUCUCACUGUCAAUUGCGUUUAUUUUCAGCAAACUUAACGUGUAAAUAUUUGUAUGAACAUAACAAGAUUCAACAACAGAGACAUAAACUGAACAAGUUCCACAGACAUGUGACUAACAGAAAUUGAAUAAUGUGUCCCUGAACAAAGGGGGGUCAAAAUCAAAAGUAACAGUCAGUAUCUGAUGUGGCCACCAGCUGCAUUGAGUACUGCAGUGCAUCUCCUCCUCAUGGACUGCACCAGAUUUGCCAGUUCUUGCUGUGAGAUGUUACCCAACUCUUCCACCAAGGCACCUGCAAGUUCCCGGACAUUUCUGGAGGGAAUGGCUCUAGCCCUCACCCUCCGAUCCAACAGGUCCCAGACGUGCUCAAUGGGAUUGAGAUCCGGGCUCUUCGCUAGCCAUGGCAGAACACUGACAUUCCUGUCUUGCAGGAAAUCACGCACAGAACGAGCAGUAUGGCUGGUGGCAUUGUCAUGCUGGAGGGUAAUGUCAGGAUGAGGUACCACAUGAGGGAGGAGGACGUCUUCCCUGUAAUGCACAGCGUUGAGAUUGCCUGCAAUGACAACAAGCUCAGUCCGAUGAUGCUGUGACACACCGCCCCAGACCAUGACGGACCCUCCACCUCCAAAUCGAUCCCGCUCCAGAGUACAGGCCUCGGUGUAACGCUCAUUCCUUCGACGAUAAACGCGAAUCCGACCAUCACCCCUGUUGAGACAAAACCGCGACUCGUCAGUGAAGAGCACUUUUUGCCAGUCCUGUCUGGUCCAGCGACGGUGGGUUUGUGCCCAUAGGCGACGUUGUUGCGGGUGAUGUCUGGUGAGGACCUGCCUUACAACAGGUCUACAAGCCCUCAGUCCAGCCUCUCUCAGCCUAUUGCGGACCGUCUGAGCACUGAUGGAAGGAUUGUGCGUUCCUGGUGUAACUCGGGCAGUUGUUGUUGCCAUCCUGUACCUGUCCCGUAGUUGUGAUGUUCGGAUGUACCGAUCCUGUGCAGGUGUUGUUACACGUGGUCUGCCACUACGAGGACGAUCAGCUGUCAGUCCUAUCUCCCUGUAGCGCUGUCUUAGGCGUCUCACAGUACGGACAUUGCAAUUUAUUGCCCUGGCCACAUCUGCAGUCCUCAUGCCUCCUUAUAGCAUGCCUAAGGCACGUUCACGCAGAUGAGCAGGGACCCUGGGCAUCUUUCUUUUGGUGUUUUUCAGAGUCAGUAGAAAGGCCUCUUUAGUGUCCUAAGUUUUCAUAACUGUGACCUUAAUUGCCUACCGUCUGUAAGCUGUUGGUGUCUUAACGACCGUUCCACAGGUGCAUGUUCAUUAAUUGUUUAUGGUUCAUUGAACAAGCAUGGGAAACAGUGUUUAAACCCUUUACAAUUAAGAUUUGUGAAGUUAUUAGGAUUUUUACGAAUUAUCUUUGAAAAACAGGGUCCUGAAAAAGGGAUGUUUCUUUUUUUACUGAGUUUAUAACUAUCACUACAUGACAGGUACACACUCACCUAGUACACACUCACCUAGUACACACACACAUACAAGAAAAUUGACAACUACAGGAAUUAAUGGUAACAUUGUUUUUGUUGUUGUAGUGGACAUCUGGUCAGUGGGCUGCAUCAUGGCAGAGCUGCUCACUGGACGGACGUUAUUCCCCGGCACCGACCGUAUCCUUUCACUGUCAUCAUGGUGACGGAGAAAAGUUAUAAUGGACCAAUUCAAUAUUGACCCUUAUCCCCUACAUCAGGGGUGGGUAACAUAUGGAUCCUGCCCGCGAGCCAGAGGUUUAAUUGUUUUGUUUGUUUUGAGAAAUUAUUAUUAUUAUUAUUUUUUAACAAUUCUGCCCUAAGGCACUGCAUCGCAGUGCUAGAGGCGUCACUACAGACCCGGGUUCGAUCCCGGGCUGUAUCACAACCGGCCGUAAACGGGAGUCCCAUAGGGCGGUGCACAAUUGACCCAGCGUCGUCUGGGUUACGGGAGGAUUUGGCCGGGGGGGGGGGGGGGCUUUACUUGGCUCAUCGAGCUCUAGCGACUCCUUGUGGCGGGCCGGGCGCCUGCAGUCUGAUCUUGGUCGUCAGUUGAACGGUGUUUCCUCCGACACAUUGGCGUGGCUGGCUUCCGGGUUAAGCGGGCAGGUGUUAAGAAGUGCGGUUAUGCGGGUCAUGUUUCGGAGGACGCAUGACUCGACCUUCGCCUCCUGAGCCCGUUGGGGAGUUGCAGCUAUGAGAGGGGGUAAAAAAAUAUAUAUAUACAACUUCAGCCCACUCUUUAACGUCUAAAACUAGAUAGGAGGUAUGUGUAAAUUAUAAUGGGCCUAUACAUUUUGCAAUAACUGCCUUUUUCUGGCCCACAAAUUGCUUUUGACAAACUAAUCGGUAAGAAAAAAACUAUGUGCGGCCCUCCGCAGAAUUGUUAUAUCCCGAUGUGGCCCUCGAGACAGAAUUAUUGUCCAUCCCUGCCUAACACCCUGUUGAAGUGCGCAUUUACGUCCUACACACUGGAUUAGAGAACAGACUUUUUGAGAACAUUGAGAAAGUUUUGAGAACUGUCCUCAAGUCUUAUCUCACUUCUCCUUCUCUCUCUCUCUCCUUCUCUUCCCCCCUCUUUCCAUUCAUCCAUCCCAUCCCUCGGUUUCCCUUUAUGUUUGUGUAGUAUAGAUACUGAUCAGUUGAAGCUUAUAAUGCUCCUCAUGGGAACCCCGGAACCUGAGUCUGUGAGUGUUCCGCCACAUUCUGCUCCGCCCACGCCCACCCGCCUGCCUGCGCUUUGGUUGUGCCUCUGCAUUACUAUGGCAACCUCCUAAACUACUAUACUCUCUACUUCCUGUCCUGCCCUUAUAUGGCCACUCACUGUAACUCUUAACUGUAACUCAACACCACAGCUCCCUGUGUACUUCCAGCUCCCAGAUACAUAGGCUGCUCUCAGUCAAUAUUCUUGUAUUCUUAAAGCCAAUAUUUAAGGUAACCAAUUAGCAGCUAAACUUCCAUAGUGUGUCUUUUUAAGAGAAGCAAAGAGAACCAUCUAGUAGUUUCAUUGAGUAGAGCUGCUCUGUAAUGCUCUUGAUUCCCUCUUGUCGAUCUGAGUUCAUCUGUUCCUCUGACACGUUUCUCUGCUGGCUGUGAUCUAAAAGCAUGUUGUCUCUAUUCAAUAGUACAGCAUGGCAGUUCUCUCUACCUCCCUCUCUCCUCUCCCUACAUUUCCUCUCAUCACCUCAUCUUCUUCUCUACCCCCCCCCACACACACACCCAAAAAGAGGAAAAAAUGUAUUCAGUAUUUAGUUUAAGGACACUUUGACAUGUUACCUGUGUGACAGUACGACCUAUGACCCUUGACCCUGAGCCUGAAAGAUAUCAACCAGCUGCAGCAGAUCAUGAGGCUGACAGGAACGCCCCCGGCCUGUCUCAUUAGCCGGAUGCCCAGCCACGAGGUGAGGCACUACGAUAUGUCCUUCCCAGGUCCCUCCAGUUCCUCCAGGCUGCAACAGGCCUUCCCACAAGUCCCAUGUUGUUUCCAUGCCUUUCUUAAAAGAGAUUCUCCAGUACUUUUGUAUACAGUUUAGCCAGUAGUUUUGAAAGUAGCGCUCACGAGCCAACAGUGGUCCCCGGAAAUGGCGUACUACGUCACAUAUGUGCACAUACAGUGCCUAUAGAAAGUCUACACCCCCCUUGGAUUUAUUCACAUUUUAUUGUCUUACAAAGUGGGAUGAAAAUGUAUUUAAUUGUAAUUUUUUGUCAACGAUCUACACAAAAUACUCUGUCAAAGUGGAAGUAAAAUAGAUCCCCCCAAAAAAAAGAUUCAUGAAAAAUAAAACAAAAAAUUAGAUAAGUAUUCUUGGGUAAGUCUCAUAAGAGCUUUGCACGCCUGUAUUGUGCAAUAUUUGCCAAUUAUUAUUUUCAAAAUUCUUCAAGUCUUGCCAUAAAUUUUCAAGCAGAUUUAAGUCAAAACUGUAACUCGGCCACUCAGGAACAUUCACUGUCUUCUUGGUAAGCAACUCCAGUGUAGAUUUGGCUUUGUGUUGUAGGUUAUUGUCCUGGUGUAUUCAUCUCCCAGUGUCUGGUGUAAAGCAGACUGAAGCAGGUUUUUCUCUAGGAUUUUGCUGGUGCCUGUUUAUUUUCUUCCUGAAAAACUCUCCAGUCUUUGCCGAUGUCAAGCAUACCCAUGCCAUGAUGCAGCCACCUCCAUGCUUGAAAAUAAGUAGGCAGUUACUCAGUGAUGUGUUGUGUUGGAUUUGCCCCAAACAUAAGGCUUUGCAUUUAGGACAAAAUGUUUUUUUUUGUUGCAGUAUUACUUUAGUACCUUGUUGCAUACAUAUGCAUGUUUUGGAAUAUUUUUAUUCAUUCUAUUUCUAUUCUUAUUUUUACUCUGUCAUUGUCAUUAUUCUGUAGACACUACAAUGUUGAGCCAUUCUCAGUUUUCUCCUAUCACAGCCAUUGAACUCUGUAGCUGUUUAAAAAAACACCAAUGGCCUCAUGGUGACAUCCCUAAGCAGUUUCCUUAAUGUCCUGCAGCUCAGUUCAGAAGGAUGACUGCAUCUUUGAUGUGUCUGGGUGGUUUAAUACAUAAUCCACAGCAUAAUUAUUAACUUGACCAUGCUUAAAGAUAUAUUGAAUGUCUGAUUUGCUAUUGUUGUCCAUCUACCAAUCGCUGCCCUUCUUUGUGAGGCUUUCAAAAAGCUCCCUGGUCUUUGUAGUUGAAUCUGUGCUUGAAAUUCAAUACUUGACUGAGGGACCUUACAGAUGUUGUAUGUGACAGAGGAAGGGGUAGUCAUUCAAAAAUCAUGUCAACCCCUCUAUAACUUAUGUGAUUUGUUAAGCCAAUUGUAACUUCUGAACUAAUUUAUUUAUUAUUUAAUUUGUAAAAAUGUGUAGCAUUUCAUUAUGGAGUAUUUUGUGUAGAUCAAUGACAAAAAAUUACAAUUAAAUCUAUUUCAAUCCCCCUUUUGUAACGCAAUAAAUGUGAAAAAAGUUAAAGGGGGUGUAGAUUUUCUAUAGGCACUGUAUGUGCACCACGUCAAUGCUCACUCUCUCUCUCGCGCUGCUGUGUGUGCGUCUUGCUAGCUGUCACUCAGAUGGCGAAGGGCUGAAGCUCAUUGGCUGAAACUCAAAUUGCUAGGGGGCUGGCCCAUGUGGGGGGAUAUGUAGGCAAAAUGGCGCCACACAGAUUCCAGAAAACAGUCUCAUUCAAACUAGGGAUUUCGUGGCUAAUUGAGGUCAAUUUUAAAAACUCUGGAGCAUGUCUUUAAGAUCCUAUUUAUUUUUCACACCUCUGAUUUUGAACUCUUUAUUGUUGAGGAAGAGCUUGUACGUAAGCAUUUCACUGUAUGGUUUACACCCGUUGUAUUCUGUUAUUUGACAAAUAAACUUUGAUUUGAUAUCGCUCUCUGUGUCCACGGAAACCUGGCAGAGACAGAAUUGGAGCCACAACAUCAACCAAUGACAAUCAGUGCCCUUUUUCCUCUGUUUUGUUUGUUUGUUGUUUGAUGAAAAUAUGCCCCGUAGAAUUUUGUUACACUCUACAGAGCUCUUCCCACCCUCCUCCCGUCUCUCUGACACCAGUCUGCUUUUUGUCUCUGAUGUAAUCUCACCACAUCCCAGAGUGCUUUGCAAGCCCUAAUUCCUCACUGCUGUCUCUGGCCUUGCCCCUCAGAGUUCUGAUCUUAAAUGAUGUGUUUUGGUUUUUGUGUGCAGUGCUUCUCUUCCAAACAUAACUACUGUGCCAGACUGUGACAGGAUUCCUCAUAACCCUUUAGUUGUGCUCUAUGGGAAUCCUAACUUCAGAGUAGGCGUGCUGAUCCAGGGUCAGGUCCCCCCUGUCCAUGUACUCCUAUUCAUUCAUAAAUCAGCACUCCUACUCUUGAGACGCUUAAUACAUACAGGUAACUGCCAAAUUAAAGGAAACACCAACAUAAAGUGUCUUAAUAGGGCGUUGGGCCACCACGAACCACCAGAACAGCUUUAAUGCACCUUGGCAUAGAUUUUACAAGUGUCUGGAACUCUAUUGGAGGGAUGCGACACCCUUCUUCCAUGAGAAAUUCCAUAAUUUGGUGUUUUGUUGACGGUGGUGGAAAACUCUGUCUCAGGCGCCACUCCAGAAGUGUUGAACUGGGUUGAGAUCUGGUGGCUGGGACAAACACACACCCUUUAAACCCCCUAUGCUCCUUUGAGACGCCUCUUUCAAAGUCACUGAGAUCUCUUCUUCUAGCCAAGGUAGCCAAUUUUUAUACAUGACCCUAAGCAUGAUGGGAUGUUAAUUGCUUAAUUAACUCAGGAACCACACCUGUGUGGAAUCACAUGCUUUCAAUAUACUUUGUAUCCCUUUGUAUGUUUCCUUUAUUUUGGCAGUUACCUGUACAUCCACUGGUCACAUAACUGACAUUUCCGUCUCCCAUUGGCAUCAGUGCAUGAUUUACGCAUUCUGAUCACGUUUUGGCCAUAAGUGUACAGAAAGCCAUCUUCACUGCCGACCUGUGGGAUCACUUGAUUUCAGAAACAGUUGAAGUGUUGAAGUCAACUGUGUGUUCCCUAUCCAGUGUGUUUGAGCUGUGUUUGAGUGGAAUGUGUGAGAGUAUCUUGAGCCGUUCUGUGUGUAUCUUUAACAGGCCAGAAACUACAUCAACUCCCUUCCCCAGAUGCUCAAGAGGAACUUUGCUGAUGUGUUUGUUGGCGCUAACCCACUAGGUAAUAAUGGGCAAGUCUGUCUAGUGUAACGUUCAUACACACACACACACUGUUUAACAGACCAUUUAAUUGACACUCUCCCUCUUUUGGUGCUACCCACUAAGUAAUAAUGUUUUAGUCUGCGUAAUGGAAUGUUCACUCACACUGUCUAAACAGACACACUCCCUCUCCCUUUCUCUCCCUCUAGCGGUGGAUCUGUUAGAGAAGAUGUUGGUUCUGGACACUGAUAAGCGGAUCACAGCGUCUGAGGCCCUGGCCCACCCCUACUUCUCCCAGUACCACGACCCAGACGAUGAGCCAGAGUCCGAGCCGUACGACCAGAGCUUCGAAAGCAGAGAGCUGGAGAUAGAGGAGUGGAAAAGUAGGUGGGCUGAAAGGGGGUGGAAAUACUCUUAUUAAACUAGGUACUGUACAAGUCUCCUGACCUCUGAUUCUCAUUUCUCUUGUUUUCUCCUCUCUCUCUAUCUCUCUCUCCAUCCGUCUCUCAGGGUUGACGUAUGAGGAGGUUUGCAGCUUCGUGCCCCUGCCAUUCGAUGGAGACGAGAUGGAAUCCUGA